AGAUUCGUACUUAAGAGCGUUUCCGAUACUAAUGGACACGCACGCACACUUCACAAAUGGUAUCCCAGGUAAAGAUAAAUCUAUCAAAUAUGAACCUAAAGUACCGUCUGAAGAGGAGGAGAAUACGUCUCCAUUACUCAUCAGAAAUAAUGACAUCAAAUACAUUGAUUCAGUAAAUGAUGACAAAAAUUAUAUAAGAGAUAUGGACAAGUCUAAAAACGACCUCAAUAUGAUCAAUUCAAUGAAAACGGAAGGGAAUGGCAUCAAAGAUAACAUUCUGACUGUAGCGUAUCGCAAGGAUGACAAGAGUGAAGAGGACGCAAAGUCAACGAAUGAAAGAGUGAAAUUCUUGGGAAUAGGAGAUGACGACAGUAUUUGUUCUAGUAAGCCAGCAGAAAGUGGCCCUCAGAUUCCAGAUGGAGGAUGGGGAUGGGUGGUGGUCGCUGCAUCGUUUUUAAUAGCAACUGUAGCGGAUGGACUUGCUUUCUCUUACGGAUUAUUACAAAUUAAGUUUGUUGACUAUUUCGAAGAAAGUGAAGCUAAAACUUCUUUAAUUGGAAGUCUUUUUAUAUCAGUUCCUUUAAUAGCUGGGCCCAUAAUGAGUGCACUUGUUGAUAGAUAUGGAUGUAAAACAAUGACAAUUGUAGGUGGAAUAGUAUCAACUAUAGGGUUUGUUGCUGCAUCAUACAGUAAUACAGUAGAGGUCUUGUAUAUUACAUAUGGACUAAUUGCUGGAUUAGGAAUGGGUCUGCUGUAUGUAACAGCUGUCGUGUCUAUAGCAUAUUGGUUUGAAAAAAGGCGAAACUUAGCUGUUGGUUUAGGUUCAUGUGGAGUUGGGUUCGGCACAUUUGCUUAUUCACCUUUGACGACUUACUUAUUAGACGAAUAUGGAUGGCGUGGAACUUUAUUAUUAUUAGCUGGCACAGUACUUAAUGUUUGUGUUUGUGGUGCUGUAAUGAGAGAUCCUGAAUGGCUAAUCUUGGAACAGAAGAAACAAAGAAGGUUAAGUAAGGCUAAAAGGGCAUCAAGUUCAACAUCAAUCUCAGCGAAAUCAGGAGGUGGGGAAUCAAUGUACCCUGACGCUGAAGAGAUAAAAACUAUGAUAAAUAGCGGAGAAAAUCCAGAAAAUAUACUUUCUGCAUUAUUGUCCGCUAUAGCUGAUGCCGAAGAUGUUGAGGCAAUCACUAAAAGAAACGCUGAAUUAUCAAGCCAACAUAAAGUUAAUUCGGUUAUCGAUCUCCCAACAUUUCUAUUACAAAAUGAAAAGGUGACACCUGAGGUUUUGGAGCAAUUAAAAUCCAAUGAUCGACUUUACAACAUAAUUCUACAGAAUUAUCCAUCUUUGCUAGCCUUAAAGACUAGUUCAGAUACCAAACUGCCUAUAGAACCUAUGACAAAGGAAAAGCUCAAGAAAAAGGAGAAAAAAGAUUUUGAUAAAAAGCUCGAAAAAGUGAGAGAAAAAUUACUUCAACCGAUACCAGAGAAUAAUACGACAGUUAUUCCUCCGAGGCGUCAAGAUUGGUUGUCAAGGCAGUUCCAAACUGAUCACCAUUAUUUAAAAGAUAUUCGAGUUCACCGCAAUUCCAUUAUGCAUCGCGGAGCUAUGAUGAACAUCGCUAAAUAUAAACUUCGUGCGUCAUCAUGUCCUGAUAUUUAUAAAAACUCUAUGUGGUCUGUGGAAGAACCCGAAGAGAAGACUUGGUGCAAGAGAUUUAUAAAGAUGAUUAACAAGACGUUUGAUUUCAAUAUGUUUACCGAGUUUCAUUUCCUUAUGAUGAACUUGUCCACAUUGGUUCUAUUCAUUUGGUUCAUAGUACCUUACUUCUUUAUAUCAACGUUUAUGGAGGAAAAUGGUUACACCGAAACCCAAGGUUCUAUGAUGUUGGGAGUUUUUGGCGUCGCUACUAUCAUCGGUAUUGUGGGUCUCGGUUGGAUCGGCGAUCUGCCCUGGGUGAACAUAACCAAAACAUACGCUGUCUGCUUAAUUGGUUGCGGCGGUACAAUUGUUCUCUUUCCGAUUCUAAUUCGGGUAAUGGAUGCCAAAGAAAGCUACAGCUUCUAUAUACUGGCUUUGAACUCUCUGAUAUUUGGCUUAACCUUUUCAAGUUCGUAUUCGUAUACUCCGAGUAUAUUGGUGGAGUUGAUUGCUCUAGAGAGAUUCACUAUGGCGUAUGGGUUGGUUCUGCUGAGCCAAGGAAUCGGACACUUGAUUGGACCACCUAUGGCCGGUGCCCUGAAAGAUAAAACUGGAUAUUGGGAUGCCGCGUUUUACGUUGCAGGUAUUUGGGUUGUUGUAUCUGGUUUCCUUGUAGCAGUCAUCCCUUACACAAAGAACUUCAGAUUGAUUGGAAAUGCACCACUGGCGAAAGAUAUCGCUGUGGAACCCGAUCCAGGAGUGAAGAUAAUUAUAGCACAUUAAUUUAUCUUAGAAAAGAAUAUUGACAACCUUAUAGAUUUUUAAUUGUAGAUGUACUUGUGCUUAGUUUAAUGACGGAUAGUUUCAUUAUUUUAUUAUAAGGCAACAUUGUCAUAUUAAUUUUUAAGACGAAAUGACAUUCAUAUUGUGUUUUCUUUAGUUUAAUUAUAGCGUGACAUACCUACUAAAGUAGACAGUAUGCUAUUUACAAAAACUUAUACAUAACAGUAAAAUAAAUUAGUUACGGUAGGUAGUUGAAUUACAUGCAAAUGCAUAUUGAAUUUAGCAUUUGGCCAAAAAUACUUUUUUUUAUUGAUGGUAAAUACUUAAUUUAGUUUCUGAUUAUUUUUAGUAAUAAAACGAGUGAAACUUAGAAUAGAAUGUCAUAUGUGCAGUAAAAUAUUUGUCUUUCAUUUUGAAGACUAAUUAUUUGAAUAAUAAACAAUAAAUUAAUUAUAAAGAUCUAAAUUUAACCGCAUAAUACGUUAAUGUAUGCUGCUGCUUAAUGGAUGCAUGCUUAAAAUAGAUGGCUAAUUUAUGUAAUGUAAAUGAGCGACCUGUAUAUUAAAUAAAAGUAGAAAUGAUAUGUUCAGAACAGUUACAAAAGUAAGAAUUUGACAUUAUUUUUGUCUAAAUAAAUAUCUCAGACUUUUCCAUUAAAUAACGAAUUGUAUAAAAUCUAUGUCAUCUUAAUUGACUUUCUAUUAAAAGUAUACUCGUUAUGAAAUUUAAAAAAAAGUGUAAGUUAAACGUAAUACGCGUAAUACUGCCCUUAAAAGGGGCUUUUUUUAGACAAUUCUAUAAUUUUAAUUGCCCAACGACGUAAAUGUUCAUUGUUAUUUAAAACAACAAAUCUGAUUGAAAUAUUAUUAAGUUUUUUUUUUAUUAUAUUGUAUGGACAAGAUUUUUUAAGUAUUGUAGUUGAUAAGGAUUUUUGAAUCUACUUACUUUGUGUAUUAAAUAUUAAUCUAAUAUUACAAUCAUUAAUAAAGUUUGGUAUUGAAAA